UAACGUUCCAAAAGUAUCAUCCCUGGCCGGUAGAGAGCGCUGAUCUCCCCGCUCCRCGCCACCGCCAAACUCGCCGGAAAAAACCGAACCGCGGUAUACCGGACCCGACGAGCGGUACCGCCGCCGAACUGUCGUAGCCGGAGUCUCGAAGCCCUCCAGUCGUUGCCCCGUCGGUCGUCGCGCACGUUCUGUACGUCCGUUUUGUCGUUCGAGUGUUUAGCGUGUGUGUUCCGUGUGGUUGAAAUUCAUUUUUCCGUACGUUUUCCCAAAACGUUAUCGCGUGUGCUCGCCGUCGUUUCCGCGUGCGUUGUUCGUCGGYGGUAAAUCACAAACAUGUUCCGUUGUCGUCGUCGUCGUGCGGUACUAUUGACUUCCGGAGAAUAAUAAACAAUAUCACCUCGUGCCGCGAUUGGUGGUGGUUUUGCUUUUGCUUUUUAAUUUUCAAUUUAUUUGGAUUUACGUACUCUUUUCACGUCGCGUCCGCCACCGCUGUCGUCUUAUCGUCUACCCCCCUCCCCAGUGCGCGAAGGUUAGGGGAGAAAAUAUGAAAACUUCCCGGAGACGGGAAUUCGGUCGGCCUGUGCUGCUGAUGCUGCUGUUGGCGUUCUUCACUGUCGGCGACGUUACAGGACAAUACAGAAAACCGAGAAUCACCGAGCAUCCUACCGAUAUAACAGUACCGAAAAAUGAGCCGAUUACUUUGGGCUGUAAAGCCGAAGGCCGUCCGGAGCCGACAAUCGAGUGGUACAAAGACGGAGAACUGUUAAAAAUCCCACCCAAUGGCGCUGCGGCCGGUGGAGGUGGUGACAACGGAGCCCGGUCAUCGCAGAAGGUGAUCCUGUCGGACGGUUCAUUGUUUUUCUUGCGAGUGGCACACAACAAAAAAGAACAGGACAGUGGAGUUUACUGGUGCGUUGCCAAAAACGUGGCCGGUACAGAAGUGAGCCGAAACGCGACUCUUCAAGUAGCAGUGCUCAAAGACGAAUUCCGAGUGGAGCCGAAAGACACGAAAGUGGCUCAAGGUCAGACGGCUCUGAUGGAGUGCAGUCCACCGAAAGGUCAUCCGGAUCCAAUGGUCGUUUGGAAGAAAGACAGAGAAGACGUGCACAUAGAUUCGACGACAAGGAUGCGAAUCGUAGACGGUGGCAAUCUGAUGAUUACAGAUGUCAGGCAAGAUGACGGCGGUGAAUAUCUGUGCGUGGCACAAAACAUCGUAGGCAAGAAGGAAAGUACACCGGCCAAACUCACCGUAAAUGUGAAACCGUUCAUAAACACCGAACCCAAAGAUGUAACUGUGCACACCGGACAGACUGCUGAAUUCGAAUGCAAGGUGGGCGGUGAUCCAAAACCGAACAUCUACUGGGAACGCGAUGGUAACAAAAUGCCUUUCGGUCGAGCUCAGAUAUUGGACAACAAAUCACUGCGGAUUAUUAACGUGAUUGCUCAGGACGAAGGACUCUACGUUUGUAACGCCGAAAACGACGUGGGUUCCGAGAAGGCCAAGGCUUCAUUGACCGUGCACUCCCCGCCGACAUUUGUGACUAGACCCAAAGACCAAAAAGUGGGUCUCAACGGAAUUGCAAAUUUCGACUGCGUGGCCCAAGGCAACCCACCGCCGUCUGUGUUUUGGUCACGUGAAGGAUCCCAGGUGCUGAUGUUUCCCGGCAACGCGUACGGACAUUUUCACGUCACUCAAGACGGCACGCUGCGCAUACAGGGAGCUCAAAAAGAAGACGCCGGUUUCCUCGUGUGUUCCGCACUGUCCGUAGCGGGGUCCGUCACUUGGAGAGCGUUUUUGCAGGUCACAUCCGUACAAGACGUUCCUCCACCUGUCGUCGACAUUGGACCAACCAACCAAACGUUGGCCACGAGAUCAGCUGCCACAUUACCGUGUCAGGCGUCUGGUAUACCAUUGCCUACCAUUAAAUGGUACAGAAACGGAAAUUAUCUGUCUCCAGACGAUCCCAGAGUGACCAUUACAUCGUCAGGAACACUACAAAUAGACGAACUCGAAGUAUCUGAUUCUGGUCUGUACACGUGCACUGCUUCUUCGGAAAGUGGCGAGACUUCUUGGUCGGCGUCACUGAGUGUCGAAGAAUCCCCGGGCACACGACUUCACCGCGCUCCUGACCCGGCCAUGUUCCCGGCGGCUCCGUCAGUGCCGACCAUUGUAAACGUUACCAGAAACUCGGUAACSGUGACUUGGCACCCACCCACCCCACACCUUGGCGCUUCUCCGAUCAUCGGAUACACGCUCGAGUACUACAGUUCGGACCUGCAAACUGGAUGGGUGGUCGCCGCACAUCGCAUAUCAACCAACACCAUGGUCGUCGACAACCUAAAACCGGACACAUCGUACGUGUUUAUGGUGAGGGCAGAAAACUCACACGGRUUGAGCGUGCCGAGCGCGUUGUCCGCUAUGGUUAAAACCGGUGGGACCAAUACGAUCAUCACGCAGCAGUCUCUGGAAGAAGCCCGUGAAAGACUUGGUACUAAAGUCAUAGAGUUCAAAGAACUGUUUCCGGUAUCGUCGACAUCGGUCCGAGUCAUAUGGGAUGUAUUGAGCAGCGCUGAAUGGGUAGAAGGUAUUCACGUACGGUUCAGAGACUUAUCAGGUGGCUCGCAAACCUAUAACAUGAUGACAGUAAUGAUGAACAACGGUGAGCCCAAGUCCUACACAUUGGCCAACCUCCGUAAGUACAACAAAUACGAUUUCUUCUUGGUUCCGUUCUUUAAGACAGUCGAAGGCCAACCAUCCAACUCCAUGGUCGUCCAAACCUACGAGGAUGUUCCUUCCGCUGCUCCAGAAGACGUACAAACUGGUAUGGUAAAUGCCACUACCGCGUUCAUACGAUGGUCGGCACCUCCACCGCAACACAUCAACGGCGCUCUGUUGGGAUAUAAAAUACAAGUCAAGAAUAACAACGCUACAAAGGCCGCCGUCCAAGAGCUGUUGAACUCGUCGACCACGACAAUUCUGCUCAACUUGACGGUGGGUGGCAGCUUCACGGCCCGGGUACAAGCGUACACCCGGAGUGGGUAUGGUCCGUAUAGCGCCCCGGUGCCAAUCGUCAUGGACCCAGCUUACCCUGCAAGGGCGUAUUCGUCCACUACUAAUGGCGAGGCGUGGAUCAUCGUGCUGUUGGCGGCUCUUGUCGUCAUGUUGGCGUGCGUCAUCGUUACCGUCGUUUACUUGAAACGGAAACAGAACGCCGGCAAACAGUUGGGCCACUUCAACGUGCCAGUUGUCAGUGGUGACCUAUCGCAGUUGAGCAUGUUGAGCGCUGGUGGCAAGGAGGCGCUGUGGAUCGACCGUGGUUGGCGCAACGGGGAGAAGGACCCCGAGUCCAAACUGUUGAACGGCAUCGGUAGGGAAACGACCUGCGCGGACUACGCAGAGGUGGACACCCGGAACUUGUCGACGUUCUACAACCCACGCAAAGACAUGAUGUCCAACCCAACACCAUACGCCACUACUACUCUGCUGAAUCGCGACGAUUGCAAUGAAUCUACGCAUCUCUUCGGGGCCGCUAGCAGCUCAUCUGAAACCAAAACACUGAGCUCUAAUGGUUCGUGUCAUGAACGAUGUCACGAACAAGUGGCCGCACUCAACAACCAUUACAUUGACGAAAACAUGGACUUCAACAAUCACAAGCGGAAACCACCAAUCUAUCCGAUYAAUCAAGCGCCGCCCCCGAAUUGGAACGAAUUCCUCCCACCACCCCCUCAACACCCGCCGACAGAUUCUAUGCGGAAAACAUCUCAGUCUAAUGGCGGCAGUCCACAAUCAAGUCGUCGUAUGCACGCUGGAAGUUUCUCAAAACAGUCACACAUCCACUCCAGCAAGUCCUUGGCCGGUAGUUGCAAUGGCUACACACCCGCAUGGAUUUACACUGGCAACCAGAGCAAUGAACACAGAUUCAAUCCACCGCCUUCCACACAGCCUCCUCCGGUAACCGCUUGUCACCACUUUAUAUUAUAUAGUCUUAGGAAAACAAGAAUUUGUACUUGGUAUGAAUUUCUAAAUUCGUUACCAGUUAAAUUCAUUUUUCGAUUUACACCCUAUCUUCAACAAUGGCAUCGGGACCGUGGUUGGUGUGACGAUGACGAUGACGACGACGACGACAGAGGCGGUGGCGGCGGAGGCCUCAAUGUCACGGGAAAUGACGACAAGGGUAGUUGCAGCAGUGGUUGUUCGUGCAGCGAAUCGUCUUGUCUGUACGCCGAGGCGACAGACGUACCGUGUCCAGUCGUGCUUCAAACGUCGUCGUCGUCGUCGUUGUCGGCGGCUGUUGGACGCAAGUGAUGAUGCCACUCGCUACAAAGCGUUGUCACCAGCUGCACCUGCCCGCGACGAUCAAAACGACGACGGUGAUAUGGUUUGUUGAAAACCGCCYGAAAAUCGUCAAAAGUCAGUUYGAUGUUUCACAGCCGAAUAAAAAGCAACCGAACAAAUCAAAACGUUUCGAGUAAACCCCUAAUCCUUUUUGUAUAAAUGAAAAACAUUCGCUCGAAUUUUUUUAUACCUUAUCGUUUUGCGUAUUUACACAAUUUAAUAUACCCAUGCAUCAUACAAAUAUUAAUUGUAAAUAUAAAUAAUCAAUCGUAUUGUGUUACUCUUUUUUCGUUAUUUAYCGUUAUACAUUAAAUAGGUAUACACAAUAUGUAAUCGAUUUGUUUUUAAUUGUGUUCUUGUAAAAAUGAUGUACAUAACUAAUUGUUAUUUAUUUGUAAACUCGAUUGGUAUUAAUUUUAUGAUAUAGUUCCUUUUUGAUUAUUAUUUUUUUUUCUUUUAUAUAUCGAGAUGUUGUUGUGAUAGAUUCUAUUUUAUUUAUGUAAAUUAGUUUAGUUUACGUUUCGUUAGACACACAUCACACGUUUUGGCCGGAAACAAAUCCAGCUUAUUGUUUUAAUACGUACAUUAUAACUAUACAUAAUAUUAUAUAAAUACAAUUAUAUUAUGURUAUACUAUCAUAUAUACCUAAUAUGUAAAUGUACAGACUGCGCAGAGCUCAAACGCGUGUUUUAUUUUACCACAAACGAUUAUACGCUUUUCUCCUUUUACCCUAAGUAUACGUGUAACAAUAAUUUUUAUCGUAAUGCAUGAUACAAUAUCGUUUUAAGACAAUCCACGAACAAUUUCAAUAAACAUUUCCACGAAAAUAACCAACCAAUUUUUUUAUCCUGGAAUACUACCCUAUAUAUACAUAUAUCUGUGUACAGUAUAUUUUAUUACCAAUAUUUAUUAUAGUACCCAAUUCGAUUUCGAGCAGAUAUUAUUGUUGCUCAUUCCUAACGAACAUACGUGUAUUUUUUCACGUUAAGCUCUCGUUUUUACUCUGUUUUUGUUUUUUUUAUUAUUAUUAAUUUUUCGUAUGUUUAAAAUAUAUAUAAUUGAGCCGCAUCAUAAUAAUAACUGCUAUAUUAUAUUAUGUAAUUAUAAAAUCGAAAAGAUUUAUCCUCUUCUUUUAUUAUCGUUAUUAACAUUACGAUUAUWUUUUACUGUGAUAAUUAAAUGAUGAAUAACGAAUGACCUAUAUUAAUUUGUUAUGAGUAUUCUAGAUUAAAAUAUAUACACAUAGGUACCUAUAUAUAUAUGCAACUAGGCAUAUUAUAUAAACGCACGAUUAGAAUAUCAGAACUGAACAUACACCACGAUAUGCAUAGUAAUAAUAAUAAUAAUAAUAUUCUCGACGGCGACUAAAUAUAGUGUAUUGUUUAUAUUAUUUUGUACCUAUUAUAUUAUAAUAUAUUAUUAUUGUUACGCGUAAACGCUCGACAUUGCUAUAGGUUAAGCGUAUAAUAUAACUAAAACUGUAUCGGUGAUUAAUUUAUAAAAUAUGAUCUGUAAUAUUUAUUGUUACGAUGAAAUUU